GUUCGUUAUUGGACUGCGGAUCAUUACGAAGAUUCUCAUUUCAUACGUCAUUUUACGAAAAUUCGAGUUAAAGGAAAGUUUCCUUCGCCAGCUAAAAAGAUCGGUCGUAAGAAGAAAAGAAAAUUGUUAUUGGACCGUUGUUAUACGUUAUAUCGCGGACAGUAAAAGUCCGCGGUGUUAUUCGAAUACUAAUUCGUGUUGUCACGCAUCAAUUGAAUGUUGUUACAGUGAUGCUGAUUCAAAUAAAAGCGUUAGCGAGCCAGUCGAAGUCGAAGUUCCACGAGAUCAUAAACCAAGUGAUCGCUUACACGAUACAGAAACAGUUGCCCACGCACAUGAAGAAUCGCCUUCUGAAUUACUAUAGGCAUCGAUUUCGUUACAGCUAUUUCCGCGAGAAGUCGAUAUUGGUAAAUCUCUCAGAGCAACUACGAAUGGAAAUCGCGUUCCAAUCGAAUCACCGUUUGGUCGAGAACGUCGCAAUUUUCAGGGCGAUGCCGAAACACGUGUUGCGAUCGAUAGUACGAAAUUUGAAGUUCGAGUUGUAUUUGCCGAACGAUGUGAUAGUGAAAGCUGGAGCCCACGGGGACUGCAUGUUUUUCAUAUCCGCUGGAACUGUCGCUGUUUUAACGCCGACUGGAAAAGAGAUCUGUCACUUGGACGACGGAGCCCAUUUCGGCGAGGUGGCAUUGCUCGUGCCAGAUCAACGAAGAGUCGCGAGCGUGAUCGCGAUCGAGGUGUGCGAGGUGUAUCGUUUGGAUCGUAAAGAUUUCCGGAAGUGCAUCGCCGUGCACACGGAAUUGUUUGCAAAACUCGAAGAAAUCGCUUCGGAGAGGAUCCAGAGGGCUGUAGACAUCGAGGAACAGCAUAAACGAUACUUGUUGCGUAAUUCUUCGCAUGAUCAACCACGUCGGCUAUCUAUCGAGUGAACGUCAUCGAACAGUUGUAACAUUUCAAAUGAUAGUAAUUUAUUGACUGUUCAGUUUUGGUUUUACUAUGCGACACGUUAUGAAAACAUAGUAAUAUUUUGCGUUAACUUAGGAAAUAUUGUAAUUAAAAAAGAACUACGCAGCAUUUGAAACAAGCUUGAUGUGCAAUUGAAAAAAAAUAAUGUUAAGGAGAUUGAGAUGUUAAUAAAUGAGUUAUUUCUAAGA